GAGCUGAACCAUCCAACACAAUGUCAGCCCAACCACCAGCACCAUCAAAUGGAAACCCUCAACAAUUGAAUGUUCAAGAUCUCGAACCUGAUCAAUUGAAUAGUGUAAAAGAACAACUUGAACAAGAAAUCGUUCAUUUCACCACCUUGUUUGCUCAAUUAAGAAGUGCGACAUCAAAAUACACGAAUGGAAUCGAAGCUAUUGAUGAAUUAAAAAAUCAAUCCAAUUCAAAGGAAGAUGAUCAAGUUUUGGUUCCAUUGACGGCUUCUUUAUAUGUACCUGGAAAAUUAAAGGAUCGGAAUAGAGUCAUGGUAGAUGUUGGAACGGGUUAUAUGAUUGAUCAACCAGUUCAAUCGGCUCGUAAAUGUUUAAAUCAAAAGGUUUUAUCUCUAGGUGUACAACUUGAUCAACUUCAAGCUGUGAUUGAAACUAAACAAGAAAAUGCUGCUUUGGUAAAGGAAUUGAUUAGGAUCAAGACUAUGCCUGCUUCUCAAUCACCAUCACAGUGAUUAAUUAAUUAAACCCUUUCAAGAAUCAUCAAAAUCAAAAUUGUAAUCCAAUCGUAAUUUCAAUCGAUAUUGACUCGGAUCAUGAAUCAGAUUUUGAAUAGCGUAUGGUAUUGGUUUACAUAUGUAGAGAUUCAAGGUCUUAUGCCACGCAUGAGAAUGUUUCCAACACCUUCCUGCUCUCUGUUGUUUACCCUUCGAGUUCUGGACUAUUGAUGAAAUGUUGAAAGCUCCUAUGGCCUGGAGUUGGAUUUGAGAUGAUUGUGCGUAAAAAGUCCCCUGUUAUAUUUAACUUCAAUCAGAUCUCCG